AUGGAAGACGAUUCCAUGAGCGGCACCGGGGCCGCUUCACAUGCCUGUGCUUCGUGCAAGAAGAACAAACGGCGCUGCGAUAAACACCUUCCUAGCUGCGGUUCGUGUCUGAAAACCGGCCGAGUAUGCGACUAUUCCACUGCUGCGCUGUACGCCAACGAGAGCGAUAUCAGUGAUCUGCAGCGCCGAGUGCAAGAACUCGAAGAGCAUGUCUUAGAGCUGCAAAAUAAGAUACCACGCGCAUCUUCUGGGAAUGAAGUACUCAAUGGCGACUAUUUCAUACACCAUCGACUCUACCCAAGCUUAUCCACUCAAGCCUAUUAUCUUGACUCGGAGGUAUGGUCGUCUCUGAACGUCUCUGAUCAGUCCAAUCAAAUCUAUGCUCCAGAUGAGAUCACGGCGGCUCUUGGGAGCCAGUCUGAUAUUGAUCACAUCAGAGCCGAGUAUUUCCAGUCCAUCCACAUCGGGAUGCCUUGCAUAAGUCGCAUCAGAGUACUUCGGCUCACGCAGAGCCCAAGAGGCGCCCUGAAGGCGGAUAUUGCUCUUCUAUUGCUCUGCAUGAAGCUAGUUCAGGAGGUCCCACACCGACAAGAUCCCCGAUCACUGGAGCUGUAUACCACCACAAAGGAAUUCAGCAAAAGACUGGAACUGGAGGGCCUUCUGACUUUACGUACGGUGCAGGCAAGUCUUCUUCUCCUCAUAUAUGAAAUCGGACAUGGUAUGUUCCCGGCGGCAUUCACGACAAUCGGCUUUUGUGCAAGGCAGGGGGUUGCCCUUGGAUUGCAUAGCAAAUUAGCACCCCAGUUGCAUGGUAAACCGCGAACCUGGGUUGACUGGGAAGAGAGACAGCGUGUAUGGUGGACGAUCGUCAUUCUCGACAGAUAUGUGGCUCUCGGGGGCGAUUAUCGUCCUCUAUGCACCGAUGACCCCGGAAGAGAUACGCUUCUUCCAGCCGACGACCACGCCUGGGACAGCGGUGAAAUGGUGCCUCCAGAACGCGUGUCACUAUCGUCGCAGACUGUUCACACAUUAUCCCCAUUUGCGCGCUUAGCCCAGGCUGCCAACUUACUCGGUCGAGUAAUCAGACACUGCAACGACACAACAUUAGAGAUCAAUUUUGUUCUCGAUGACUUCGAAACGCUCUGUCAAGCUAUAUACUCUCUCAUGGAGCUCUUGCCAAACGAUGACCCGCUGGUGAGGAUGGAUGCAACUCUAGCAAGGACCGUAUGUUUCAGGUGGGCCUCCAUCAAGCAGGGACUAUAUAUCCCGUACCCACUUCAAUCGGUUCUGACAGACAGCCAUAGUGCACUCUUCAAGCUCUCGAACCACCACUCCUGCGACCUCUUCGACGAGGAAAACAAGUACCUCGACACGCAGAUCGCCCCUCGCGUUCGUGAAUGCAUGCAGAAGUGUCUUCAUAUAAUCAAAGACGUCUGCGGACAGACUACAUCGCUGAUCCAGAGGGUCAGGGAGGUGCUGACCCAAGACACACUGAAACAGAUCUCGCCGUUAAUGCUGAAUUGCAUUUAUAUUUGUGCUCAGAACAUCGCGUGGAUGGCGCACGAGACGGGUGAUCCACAAUUUGUAAUAGGGAAGCUCAUGUGUGAAGACGUACUGCGGCUUUUGGAUGGUCGAUGGAGAACAGCCGGUAAGGCUCUUGAGAGUUUCUUUGGAGAGCUCAGCUUGGAUCUUGUAUGA